UUUCCCCAUAUAUAUCUCUUCUUAAAUCCUUGCUCCAAGCCCUUUUCCUGUGUGCUGUUUGUAUUGAGCAAAAGCAGCAAGAAUUGAUCUUGAACACACACUAGGAGGUGAAGAUGGCUUCUGGUGCAUCUCUGAAUCAGAGCUUGUUUGAAGAGCAAGAAAUGAUAAUGUCAUCACAGCUUGGGAUAUUCCCUUUCCACACAAACAUGUCAUCAUCUAAUUUCCCACUAGGGUUCAACCAGCCCCUCAAAACCCUCUCUCCUCCUUCACCUCUCACAACUCUUUCUGAUCACUCCACACUCACUAAGCAGAAGGAAGACUUCCCACCUCACUUCUCUGGACUCCCCCAGCUUCUCUCUUUGCAAAGAUCAGCUUCAAAUCACUGUUUUGAUUUUAGGGCAUGGGGUGGGUUGAGUGAUUGCAUGAGCAUGAAGAGGAAUGGUGGGGAGGAUCACCACCACCUCGGCGUGGCGGCGGUGAAGAUGAAGAAGAUCAAGGCAAGGAGAAAGGUUAGAGAGCCCAGGUUUUGCUUCAAGACCAUGAGUGAUGUGGAUGUUCUUGAUGAUGGCUACAAAUGGAGAAAAUAUGGGCAGAAGGUUGUCAAGAACACUCAACAUCCUAGGAGCUACUAUAGAUGCACACAAGACAAUUGUCGUGUGAAGAAGCGCGUAGAGAGACUAGCAGACGAUCCUAGAAUGGUGAUAACAUCGUACGAAGGAAGGCACAUCCACUCUCCAUCACACGACGAGGAGGACUCUCAAGGCGCCUCCCAACUCGGCAACUUCUUCUGGUAAUGCCAUGGAAAUAGAUCUCCAUGGUUGUAUCAAUUGUGUUUUUACUCGCCUUAUACUUAAGAAACCUCGAAAUAACGACACUCCAAAGGGAUAGAAACAUUGUAAUUUCAUUAUGAUAUCGUAUCAAUGCGCACCACCACCAUGCAAUUCGGAUCCUCCUUCUCGUAUUGUAUUUCAAUCUCGUAUUUUGCUCCACAAAUAACCGCUACUAGGUGUAACUCGUUUGUUAUGCCUAGGCGUGUACGAGAUUGAAAUACAAUACGAGAUAGAGGGUAUCGUACGUCAUUUAUGCAGCCCUCAUUUUAGUGGGCUGCCACUGUUUUGUAGUUACUAUCAUGUAUGUGAACUCUUCUAACAUGUUUAGUGGAGUGGGCUUGCAUUGUAACCUUGUUUUCAACUAGUAUUUCAUCAAGUCUUGGUAUUAUUUGAUCUCAA